GGCGCCGCUCCCCUCGGAAGAGGAAGCCUCGCAGCGGAGCGGCGGCAGGCAGGGGGGAGCGCGGCGGCCGUGCCGGGGGCGGCGGGCCGGGGGGCGGCGGCGCGGCCCGCGCUGGGGGCGGCCGGGGCGGAGGAGCGGGGCGGCGGCGGCGGGGGCGGGCGGUCCCCGCCCGCGGGGCCGGGUGCUGGCGACCCCCGCGGCCCGAGCCCCCGCCGCGCCGUGCCCGUCUGCACGCUCAGCCUGCGGGUCUUCUGGCCGCUGGUGACCGGGCUCUGCACCGCGCUCCUCUGCCUGUACCAGGCGGUGCGGGGCGGCGCGGCCGGGGAGGGCGCGGCCGAGGCGGAGGCGGAGGCGGGCUCGGCGCCGCUGCUCAAGGGCUCGGCGCUGCUGCUGCUGGGCUGCCUGCUGGCCCGCUGCUGCGGCGCGGCGGGCGGUGGCCCCAGGCCCGGCGGGGUCCGGGCGGCGGCAGCGGCGGCGGGGUCGCGGCGCAGCCUCCUGGAGAACUUCCACGCGCGGCAGCUGCGGCUCUCGCCCCACGUGCUGGGCCACAGCAAGGCGCACGUCGGGCGCGUCGUGGCCGAGCUGGUCCGCGCCGCCAAGGCGCAGGGGCUGCAGCCCGGCCCGCUCGCGCUCAGCCUGCGCGGGGACUUCGUGCGCAUCGGCAGCGCCUACGAGCAGCACAAGGUGCGCAGCCCCGACUGCUUCGACAUCCUGGUGCCCCUGCGGCUCCCGCCGCGCCUGCAGCCGCAGCCGCGCUCCGCCGAGGGGCCGGGCCCGCACGGCGCCUUCCUCUGCGGCUUGCGGGCCAGGGCCGGCUGGCCGCGCCGCUACCGGCCCUUCGCCGAGGCCUUCUGCGUGGAGCUGCAGGGCCACAGCCACCUCUCCUCGGGGCUGGUGCUGCGCUGGUUCCAGGGCCACCUGCAGCGCUGCCUGGGCGCCGUGCGGUACCGGCUGCAGGAGCGCUGCCGCGUCAGCCUGUCCGCCUGCCCCGGCCGCCCGCCCACGCUGCACAUCGUGCCCUGCUCCGACUACGUCUGCUGCCACAUCUCCAUGGCCGUGCGCCUCAUCCCCGCCAUCCCGCUCGGCGACGCGCUCUACCUCACGGCCCUGCCGCCCGAGGGCCCGAGCCCGGCCCAGGGCCCGCAGCCCCCCGAGGCCCUGUGGGGUCUGAACACCUCGCGGCAGGAGCAGCGGCUGCUGAGCUGGCUGAAGGAGCAGGCCCCGGCCUCCUCCUGCCACCUCAAGUGCCUGCAGAUCCUCAAGGGCCUGCGGGACCUGCGCGGGCAGGGCCUGGAGGAGCCUUUCUGCUCGCAGUGGGGCCGGGUGCUCUCCUCCUACGUGCUGAAGACGGCCCUGUUCUCCCUGCUGCUGCAGGGGCCCUUGGAGGCCUGGGACGAGCGGUUCCUGGUGGAGCGGCUGGAGGACCUGGUGCUGUACCUCAGGGGCUGCCUGCGCAAGCAGGUGCUCAUGCAUUUCUUCCUGGGCAACCCCAGCCUCCCCGAGGCGCUGGCGCUGCCCCGCUUCCUCAAGGAGGCUGCCCCCGUGAACUUGCUGGCCGCCUUCGAUGGCCCCACGCUGGACCUGGCUGCCUUCCAGCUGAUCAACACCUGGAUCCAGGCCCCGCACGUCAUCAAGAUGUACAGCAGCCCCCGGUACCUGCGGCCAGCGCCCGCCCCGUGCCGGCACGUGGCUGAGGCCGGGCAGGAGCCACCGGGCGAGUGAGCCGGCAGCCGGGUGAGCCGGAGCGGCCCGCGGGCCCUGCCGGAGUGACGGGUGCUCCCAGCCUGCCGGUCCAUCGAGAGCCCACAUCUGCCGCAGGAAGGUGGGACUUUUGAAAAUGCGGUUCUGCGGUUUUGUCCCUGACCUGAGAAAACUGGGAAACCAGAGGCCAAGACUUAUUGAAGUUGUGUUGUUUUUUAGUCACAUUGGUUGUUAAUGGGAAAAUUGUGAAAUUUCUGGGGAAGUGCCUUACUUGGGAAGUGUUACGUUCAGCCACCUGUUUGCAAACUGGACUUUAAUGGGCUCAAACUGACAUUUCAGGAAAUCCGGGUUAACUCAUUGUCUUAGUGGCAAAAUUGACCUUUUUCUGAGAUUUGCUUUUUAUGAUACAAAAAUCCAGUUUGGAUUUAAAAAUCCUGUAGGUGCAAACAAAGUCCCUCGCAAUGUACCAAAACGCUCUUAAAAUGCGAUGAGCACUAGAGCAUGGUUGUUGGUCACAGUUUGAAAUGCUCAAUGACAUGCUUUACAUUUCUUGUGUAACAUACGUCGUGCUGCAUAGAAAUAUAAUAUGCAUGUUAAUGUAAAAUUGAGGGAAGAAGCGAAAUCUCUCCAACAGCAGUAUGAGGUGUCUAGUUGCACGUUUCUGUGUUCAAGCGAAGGUUAUACUGAAGGGCUGAAAUGUAGAUAAGAGGAAACAAAUAGCACUUUAUUUUCACAAAGGCCUUCUUAGGAUAAUUGGCCGCACUAAGUGCUUGCUAUGGAGGAGGCAUUAGUAUUUUGCUAAAGGAUUGAUGUUUGAAUCAUCCCGAGGACAAUCUUCUUUGAAGGAAAUACCCUGAGGUUCGUUUUUUUGUGGGUUCUUGUUGAGAUGCAUUAUUUUUUUGAGUAUUAUUUUCUUAGUGUUUACCUCAAGGACCAACAACAAAACUAAGAAAUUCUGGUGGUUUGGGGUUUUUUUUGGAACAAACCUUCAACUAGUCCAGGUGUCAGUGCGGUGAGCUGACUGCUGUGCCCCCCUGCUCUCCGGCAGGAGUUUGGGGGGAUUUUUGCCUGGCUGCCUCACCGCUGGUGUGUGUGUGGCAGCGUCCUGACCAAAUAACCCCAUGGGGUUUUCUAGUGCUGUGCUACGGCGAAUCGUUAUCUUCGUGUGGGGAGGAGGAGGGUACUUCAACAUUAUUUAGCGCUAAUUCGUGGUACAGCUCGGGCACAGCCUGGCGAGGUGAAUCGCAGCAGCUCCCAGCGCGGUACCUGCUCUAUGGGAUCCCGACGUGGUCCAGCCUGUCAGCAAACGCACAAUUUCAAAUCCUUGUUAUACUGGGUCACCUGCUCACGUAUUAGAUGUAUUAAGACCCGGAAUGCAUUUGCCAAAUUGCUGGUGCUCAGGCAGCUGAGCAUGUGCCUUAUUACCCACUGUGCUGUGUCCUAGGUGAGCAGGCUGAAAUUUAUUAUAAAUGACCAAGUGUAACUUCUGGGAAGCUUUAGGAUAACUAAGUUACUAAUACGUUCCUCCUCCCUGAUGUACACGGAGAUACUGAUCUGCUUUAUUCACAGUUCUAGGCAUCAGAGCACAAAACAAACAUUUACAAAAUCUACGAAACUUUAUAGAAAUCUAUUUUUCUAAAUGGAAACACUCCCUAAGCAGAUGUUUGCCUACUUCUGUCUAUUUUUUUAACUGCUCUUGCAGUCUUAUUUUCAGGUAAUUAUAGCCUAGGUCACACCUACAAUUUGGGUUAUUUUUAUAUAUGAAGCACUGUGCUUCUUUCUACAAAUAGUGUAUUUAUAGGUAGUAUUGAUCAAAUGUUCUUUGCACAUGGUAUUUAAGGCUAAGUGAGCUAUCUUGGUGUUUUGAUACUUUUUUUUGGUAGUAAGCAGGCUGUGAUAUGUACUAGUUUUGCAGAUUUGUUUUACUCGGUGUUUGAAAUGAAAAGCAGCUCUGCAGUUGAUGCCAUUGUAUCUUUUGCCCAAAGAAGGACCAGGUGACCGGCCCCGGCUAUCGUGGCCGCCUGAAGUCACGACAUAAAAACCCAUGAGCUGUUAAUGCUGGUGUCGUAACCACUUCAGUCAGCUGUCGCUCUGUUUAUGUCGCUGCGCAUCCCCGUCUCUGAAAAGUGCUGUUUUUUGUGAGAAGGAGUGCAUAUUUGGGGUGUAUCUGGUGUUGCUGCAGUACAUGGAAAUCUGUAAUAGACUUGGUAAGGGCUUCCUUGGAAAAGUGUGGUGAUCCGGGAAAAGAGAAUUGCAUCAGGAAACGCGUGACAAGGAGAGAUGGAGAAUAGAAGGAGUUUGGAAAACAAAGGUUGGGCUGAGGGGCGGGUGAGAGUGAUGGAGAACUCCGAGGAUGCACUGCAAGCAGCCAAAGGCCAUGGGAUGAUGCUGGAGGAGCUUUUGGAAGCAAGGCAGACUUGGAGUGCAGGGAAAAGAGGUGGAAAUGGGAUUAGUUUUGACAGUAUUUCCAAAGCGGGCUGAAUGCAACGAAGCAAAGCCUCCGUUUAUUGGCCGUGCAGGCAGAUCUGCAGUGGGAGUUUUUGCUCAGCAAGGCAUUUCUGAGCCAGUGAUGGGCCAAGACGUGUGCGUGUGCUUUGACGUGGGGCUUGGGCGGCGUUGUGGAGGAGCGGGGCUGCCUGCGGGCAGCUGCUGGGAGCUGAGACAAUAGCUCAGAAUGACUGGUCGCUCCGUUGUGCAACGGAGAUAUUAAAUGUGUUUUCUUUGUCUGCUCUAAAGCGUGUGUUCAUGAAUACGCUUGACAAAAGGAGGUGAUAAAAGUUGUGUUCUGUUAUGGUAUUCAUCUUAUUCCACAACAGACGUGACAGUGCCGGUACCGGCUGCGUCCUGGAGCUGUUGUGGGCCCUUAUCUGCCAGGGCGGGCAGAGAACGUGACCCACACGGAUAAUCCUGCGAGCAUUUCGCCUGCUCCCCAGCCGGGGGCACCUACACAGAACCAGACGGGAAUGUGGAGUUAAGCCUGAACUGCUAUAAUGUGUCAUAGAUACAGUGGUGGCCUCUGUGUGUAUGAACUGAAACACAAACACAGAAGAAAGAAUGUUAUUUACCACUGAUGUGCGUUCUUGGUUCUUAUUUUGCAAAGACUUUGUGCAAAUGAAGUUGGUUUUAAUGAACGUUGAUCGGGAAGGAGUCACACCUGCAAGAGAGUAAGUUGAUUUGCAGUACCAAAAUGCCAUUUUGUGUUAAAAAAAGUGCUGUGUAUUUCUCAAAGAUAUUGUAAUUUCUUAUCUGACCAAAUAUCUUGAAAACAUUCCUCUUUUGAUUUUGAAUCUCUGCAGAGUAAUGUCAAUUUUAAGUGUCUUUUUGCAAGGGACAUUCUUGGUACAACUGUUUUUUGCUGGUUAAUAAUCUGACCAAAGAUUAACCUAAAGUGUUCAGCUGCUAUUCUUUGUUUUUGAAGUGUUUAUAGGCUCAGAGCAUCAACCCAUUUGAAUGAAACAUUUAUAAAUUCAUUUCCUAUUUAAUAUCAAAACACAUUUGCACUUUUAUUGUUUCCAUUAAAAGUUGGUGGGUUUGUUUUAAUAUUCCACUGUAGUAAUAAACAGCUGUUUAAAGGA